AUGCCACCUCUUAUCAAAGUCGGUGUCGCGGGCCUUGGGGCUAUUGGGUUCGGGAUGGCCGAGAGUCUAAUCAGAUCCGGUUUCAAUGUCACAGGCUACGAUAUCAACCCUGAGUUUAUGAGAAAGCUGGAAGAGGCAGGUGGUCAUGGAGUCUCCAGUGCCUCAAAGCUCGCUGCGGCUUCUGAAUGCUGUAUAUGCGUUGUGGCCACUUCUGAUCAGGCAAGAGCCCUUUUCUUAGAGCCCGCAAAGGGAGCAUUGUGGCACCUCCCACCAUCAAGUACCAUUAUCCUAGGGAUAACCGCUCGACCAGACUUCGUCGGCGCUUUUCAGCAAGAAAUUCGCGAUGCGGGCCGCACAGACAUUUCCCUUAUUGAUUGCCCUGUAUCAGGAGGUGAAGCUCGUGCUAGGGCAGGCACUCUGUCGCUGCUCUGCAGUGGAGAUAUAGGAGGCAUUCGGAGAAUAAAUCUCAUUCUGCAUGCCAUUGGUUCACAGAUCCACGAGAUUCCAGGCAGCUUGGGUGCAGCUUCACGCAUCAAACUUGCACAUCAGAUUCUGGUUGGCGUAAACAUUGCUGCGGCUGUUGAGGUGUCACCAUUGGCACGUGCGUCUGGACUCGAGCUCGGAGAGGUUCACGAGCAGGUGAUGGGUAGCGAUGCAGCCAGCUGGCUGUUUGGGCAGCGAGUUUGCCAUAUGCUGGAUCCGAAGUCGAUACCGGCAUCCUCUCUGUCGAUCAUCGUGAAAGACUUGUCAAUGAUAUCAGCAUACGGGCGAUCCUAUGCCGUUUCCUUGCCCAUGUCUCUCAUCGCAGAGCAGUUAUUCAAGUUUGCAGCAUCCGCACAAUGGGACUUGGGUGAUGAUACCAGCCUAGUGAAUUUAUAUUUGCCGCAGGGGCCGCACCAAGGAGAAAAGGAGCCAGUCUCCAUACAGGACGUUCAAACACUGCUCUUCGGCAUCCAUACUGCUGGUUCACUCGAAGCAAUGUCCUUUGCAAGAGAGCUGGAGGCUCAUUGGCCCUCAUUUGUUUCCGUGGUCAAGAACGCCGCGGGCGCGAACAAGGCGUUUGAGAUGCUGCUAAAAGACAUGGGAAUGGAGUAUGCACCAGAAAGGAUUUCCCAGGAAGGCUUCACAGCUCUGAGUACCAAGAUGGCAUCGAUCGUGGACAAGAUUUCAGUGUGUGGACCACCAUUGCCUCUGACUUCGAUCGCAAUCCAAGCUCUGUCUUCUGUACGUUGGGGUGGACAGGUUUGAUCUUAGCCGGUUCUCAAUAAGGAGAUUGCCGUACAA